UGUACCAUGUUCCGUCCUUUCCCAGAUUCUACUACUCAACAGCAGUCUGACAAACAUCGAUUCCCGAGAAAAUCAAAUUCCACAAUCUGAUUCCCCCGACACUCUGGAAAAAUUAAUGGAAUCCAAGAAAUUGGCUGCUCUUCUUUCUUCUCUCAUCUCUCAACUUCUUCUCCUCCUUUUACUCAUUUUCCCUUCCUCCAAUUCCUUUGAUUCCAAUACCAAUUCCUAUGCUAACCUUUUCCCUCUUCUCCACCAUUUCCUCUCCUCCCAAGAAAUUUCUGCUUUCCUUUCUCUCUUCACUUUUUCCAGGAAAAGGAAGAGAACCUAUUUCUCAGAACUGGACUCUGAGUCCACCCACGAAGACGGAGACCAUGAGCACGGACCUCGACUCAGUGAGUGGGACCGAGUUACUCGGAACCCUGACUCGUAUAAAACCUUCUUCAGAAUGAGCUCUUCAACCUUUGAAUGGCUCUCUGGCUUGCUUGAACCGUUGCUAGAAUGCCGUGACCCGAUUGGAUCACCGCUUAAUCUUUCUGCUGAACUCCGGUUAGGUAUCGGUCUGUUUAGAUUGGCUACCGGCUCAAAUUAUUCUCACAUCGCUGGCCGAUUUGGCGUCACUGAGUCAGUGACUCGGUUUUGUGCUAAGCAAUUGUGCCGGGUCUUAUGCACCAAUUUUCGCUUCUGGGUUGCAUUUCCUUCCCCUGCUGAGCUUCAAUUGGUGUCAAAAGAUUUUGAAACUCUUACAGGAUUACCAAAUUGUUGUGGUGUGAUAGGAUGUGCUAGAUUCGAGCUUGAUGGGAAGAAUGAUUGCAAAUUAGCUUCAGACGACAAGGAUCAAGAUGAUAGAAUUGCUGUUCAAAUUGUUGUGGAUUCAUCUUCAAGAAUUUUAAGUGUAAUCGCUGGAUUUCGUGGAGAUAAGGGUAAUUGUAGGAUACUUAAAUCGACAACUUUGUACAAGGAUAUUGAAGAAGGGAGGCUAUUGAAUUCGAGCCCAGUUAUUUUCAAUGGUGUGGCCAUAAAUCAGUACCUAAUUGGAGGAAAAGGGUAUCCUUUACUUCCUUGGUUAAUGGUUCCAUUUGUUGAUGCUUUGCCUGGAUCAUAUGAAGAGGUAUUUAAUACAGCAAAUAAUUUAAUGCGAGUUUCUGCAUUUAGAACUGUCGCUAGCUUGAAAAAUUGGGGUGUUUUGUGUAAACCAAUCGAAGAGGAGCUUAAGACUGCUGUUGCUUUUAUUGGCGCAUGCUCGAUCCUUCAUAAUGCUUUAUUAAUGAGGGAGGAUGAUUCUGCACUGCUUGAUGUGGGAGAUUAUUCUUUAUAUGAUCAAGGUCCUCAGUGCUGUGAUGCUGAUUUGGAGGAGACUUUGAUUGAAAGAAAGGCUUCUGAUAUAAGAAUUGCGUUGGCUACAAGAGUUAAAGAAUUUCAGAAAUCCUGAGGAUCUCUGUUUACAAUUGCUCUUGCAAUAAUACAAAGAGAUUGCAUUGCCUGCUUAUUGUCGAAUUUGGAAGGAGGCUCAAUUCAACUUUUUUUGACAUAGGUAUUUGAGGAUUUUAUUCAUGAGAAUAAUAGAAUUCAAUGGGAUUUUUUUUUUUUCUUCUGAAACUAACCUUUUGAUUGUGGGAUUUAUUUUUUCUCUUUGUUUAACAAUUGUUCUUAGAUGUGUAGAUUUCAUCAGCUUUUGCAAUUGACAAAGUGAAACAUACGGGAUUGUUUUUCACACUUGAAAAUUGUGGAUGUUAUUUGCUGCAAAAUAUUUUUUAUUGCUAAUUAGAUGGCUUUACUCUUGGAUUAUUCUAUGCGAACUCUUGGGUUGAGGAACUCUCAAGUGAUGAUAUUUUAUAACCUUCUUCUUUUUAUCCUUCAUUUAUUCCUGGGGCCUCUGCUUGAAUAGAAUUAUAUCAGUCUUAACUUUCUGAUCAUUAAAUGCAGUUGGUGUAGAUUUCUUCAUGUAGAUGUUUCUGUGGCAAAAAUUGAACGAUAAUGAUGGCCUAGGAUUUUAUGUUGCGGAAGUGGGAUCUAGAUGGAGAGGAACAAGCAUAGUCAUCAAGUACUUGCAGUUGCAGUCUGAUUUUGUUUAGGACACUGAUAGUUUUGUUGUUUACUUUAUCAUGUUUAAUAAACAUAUGAAGUUUUAUUUAGGAAAUUCUGAAUCAAGUUUAUAUACUCGAGGCAAAAUAAACAGUUUUAUACCUGCCAGAGACUCAGAGCUGAACAACUAACAAAGAAGUGAGCCGCAGCUAGCAUUGACACAUGUACAUACUUUUCUUAGUCGCAUAACCACAAGCAUGAGCAUUGACACAUGUACAUACUUUUCUUAGUCGCAUAACCACAAGCAUGCAUGUAGGAUUCAACAAGCCUCCUUUUCCGGCUUCAAAGAUGUUCUCAGCUUUAUGUUUCUGUACUUCUUGAAGGGAAAUGCAAAUUCAAUAAUAUAAUUCCUUAUGCCUCAUAAAAGUUACUGCAAGCUUUCAGGUACCAGAUUAGUCCCAAUAUUAUAGAUGAUAACCAUCUUGAUUGAGCACCUAAGCAGCAAACUUGCUCUCAGUCUUGAUAUUAUAGAUGGCAGGCGCAAAGCAAGAUUGUCAUAUUCCCCCGACAUCUUCCUGUCAUCAUUAAAUUUCUUUUUUCUGAUUAUUUUUUUUUCCUGUUUAGCCUCUGAUUUCAACUAAUCCUAGGUGAACUGACACUUAAAGAAAGAACAGUAAUAUUCUCAUACAAUUUCAAUUUCUUAUAAUUGAUCUAUUAUAGAGCAGGUCUUGUGUUUUAAGGCUAUAUUUGCCAACCAUGUCGAGAAAAAAAAGUAACUCUUUAUAUGCUUAUAUAAAAUCUCUUAUUUAUCCCUUGAUCACUGGCUGUUAACCAAUUAUGAUUAACUUGGUAUAUUCAAAUCUAUGCACUUUUGCCACAUCAUGUGCAGUGCUGGAAACUGCAAGAAAGAAUGGCUUUCAAUUGUCACUAUGCCAUCUGGGGUUCACAGCCUUUGUUAUAACUAUGUUUGCAAUUCUUAAUGCUUAGGCAGCAAAGCAUGCGUCUAUCUUCUUCGACUCUUUAAUAAUUAUCUUUACAAACAUUAAGAUACCAUUCAGCUCAAAUUAUACUUUUGGUAUGUGAUCAUUGACUGAGCAGAUGAUGCUUACAAGUCAUUUAAGUAAUUUGUUGGGGAUGAAAGUUUGCUCUGCCAUCUAUAAUUCAUGGCUGUGCAUUGUUUGAUUUACAAUUUUUUAUGAUCAGAUCAGUUAGCAACAUGCAGGAGGAUAAUUGCACUUGCUACAUCUAUCUUUUGAUCUUCUUUUGCAUCAGUUUUUCCACUUCUGUCAUGCAUUAUUAAUUUUUUUUUUUGGCACAAAUUAUGUGUGUUUACCAAUAAUUUGCCAUGAAUUGAGUUGAUCAUCAUGAAGGUAAGCGUGAAAAUAUUUCAUGCCAUGAAAUUGUAAGGUACUCUCUCUCUAUCUGAAGUCGAUAUGAAAGUGAUGAAAAGAAAUUUCCUUUGUCAAAUGUUCUGCCUAGAUACAAACUAAAUUUCAACUUGUUAUUCUCAAAGCUUGAUGUUGAACCAACUAUGAGAUGAUAUAGCUCUCAGGAAUUGAAGCAAUUAAAAGGAAGUCUCACAAGGCAAGGAUCAAUGCAACAGAAAUCAUGUCAGGCCAUCAUUUGACUGCAAUUCAAGAAGCAUUUCCCUGGGGAGCCGCUAUGAAUAGUUUGCCUACGCUUUCAGACGUGUAUAAGGAACAGCAGCCUCACCCCUUCUUCAGCCGUGUGACAAUGGAGAAGGAACUACUGAGCAUAUCCUCCUUUUCUGCCCUUAUGCCCAAACGACCUUUCAAGUUAUGACUCAAAUCCCUCAAAUUUCUCUUCUUUCAGCAUUUGGUGGGUGAUGAAAUACUAAAUGAGUUCAACAUAACAUUACAACAUUCAAGACUGCUUAGAUUUGUAAUCCAGUUUUGUCAAUAUCGGGUAAGGUAAGCAGUGGCUCUGGGGCUGUCACAAAAUGAGUGAAUCUAAUCGACCUGAAACAUGAACAUUUUUCUUAACAUUCUGAACGCAGAAGCCAAUUUCCUUAGCAAAAUCCGUGAACAUCAGCUCAUACUCAGACAGAUGCAGCCUAUGCCUUAGCAGCUUAGCUUAAUGACAACAAUAAGCUAGGUUCCUUGGGAAGUAGAUACAAGCAUUCAAAACAUAAAAUAAAAGCUAAUACUAAGAGCAGAUUGAAGCUUCAGGACAUAUUUGACACUGGCAUUACACAUAGCUAUGAAAAUGUCCAUAAUAAGAGUUUCUGUUAGAGAAUGAAUAGUUAUUUGCAGGAGUUUAUUAGUGCAAUUUAAUAGAUGUUUGAAAAUUUUUCAAAUAACCAGCUUUUGGCAUAUGAAAAUCGAAUUGUAAAAAUCUAUUGUGUAUUAUCAAAGAGAAUUCUUUCUAA